CAGAGGUAGAGAUUUGGGCUGUUUUUUUUAUGGAAGGGGGCAUGUUUUGGUAGGAAACAGGAAAUAGUGUGACGUUUCAGCCCUGAGUUGAGACAGUGAGACGGCGUCCUCACAUCAAGCAAAGACAGACAGAAGGACUGAGGAGGGAUGGAGAGCAGCUUCUUCUCUCCAGAAGAGUCUGAAGAAGAUGUGAAGAGAGUUGAUCAGAGUCAAACAUCUCACCUGAAUCAAACAUGUCAGCACCUCACCGUUGAUUUUCCAUGGACUCUAUUAACACAGAGUGAAACAUCAGUGAGAUAAAUCAGACUCUUCACAAGGUCAAAGAUGAGCUCAGAUCCAGAAUUCCUCCUGGGAAUUCUGGAUCAUUUAUUAAUCGAUGACUUUAAAAGGUUUAAAUUCCAUUUGAGCAAUAUCGGGGACUUUGAAGGAUGCAGACCAAUCCCAGAGGGACAACUGGAGACAUUGGACAAGCCGGACACAGCGAGUCAGAUCCACCACACCUACAGCAAUCAUGCUCCUGAACUCAUGACACUGGUUUUAGAGAAAAUUGGAAAGAAGCAUAUAUGGGAUCAACACACCAAAAAGACCCCACAACCUGAAGUUAAUAAGGAGGAAUACCAUCCUCAAGAGGCUCAUUUCUCAGCAAAAUCUCAGGAGUGUCAGGAAGAACUCAAGUCCAACCUGAAGAGGAGGUUCCAGUGUGUGUUUGAGGGAGUUGCGAUACAAGGACAGCCGACCCUCCUGAACCAGAUCUACACAGAGCUCCACAUCACAGAGGGAGGGGCUGCAGAGGUCAAUCAGGAACAUGAGGUCAGACAGAUUGAAGCAGCAUCCAGGACAGCAGACAGAGCAGAAACAAGCAUCAGACCAGGAGACAUCUUUAAAGCCCCACCUGGAAGAUCUGAACCAAUCAGAACAGUGUUGACAAAGGGAGUGGCUGGCAUUGGGAAAACAGUCCUGACACAGAAGUUCACUUUGGACUGGGCUGAAGACAAAGACAACCAGGACAUCCACUUCAUAUUUCCAUUCACCUUCAGAGAGCUGAAUGUAGUGAAGGAGGAGAAGUUCAGCUUGGUGGGACUUGUUCAUCACUUCUUCAACGAAACCAAAGAAGCAGGAAUCUGCAAAUUUAAGAAAUUCCAGGUGAUCUUCAUCUUUGAUGGUCUGGAUGAGAGUCGACUCCCUCUGGACUUCCACCAGACUGAUUUCCUCACUGACAUAAAAACGUCCACCUCAGUGGAUGUUCUGCUGACAAACCUCAUCAAGGGAAAUCUGCUUCCCUCUGCUCACAUCUGGAUCACCACACGACCUGCAGCAGCCAAUCAGAUCCCUGCUGACUGUGUGGACAUGGUGACAGAGGUCCGAGGGUUCACUGACCCCCAGAAGGAGGAGUACUUCAGGAGGAGGUUCAGAGAGGAGGAGCAGGCCAGCAGGAUCAUCUCCCACAUCAAGACCUCCCGAAGCCUCCACAUCAUGUGCCACAUUCCGGUCUUCUGCUGGAUCACUGCUGAAGUUCUGGAGGAGGAGCUGAAGAGCAGAGAGGGAGCAGAGUUGCCCAAGAACCUAACUGAGGUGUAUAUCCGUCACCUGGUGGCCGAGGUAAAAAGAAACAAGGUCAAGUUUGAUGGAGGAGCUGCCACAGAUCCACACUGGAGUCCAGAGAGCAUGGAGAUGAUAGAGUCUCUGGGAAAACUGGCUUUUACUCAGCUGGAUGAGGGGAAAAUGAUCUUCUAUCCUUAUGACCUUAUAAAGUCUGGCAUUGACCUCAAGGUAGCCUUAAAGUACUCAGGGAUGUUUACACAGAUCUUUAAAAAGGAGAAGGGCCUCCAGAAGUCUUUAUUUUGCUUCAUCCAUCUGAGCUUUCAGGAGUUUCUGGCUGCUCUUCAUGUCCAUCAAACCUUUAUCAACUCUGGAAUCAACCUGAUGGAAAAGAAACAAUCUUCCAAGUGGUCAAACCUGUUCAAGAAGAAACCUAAACUCCACCAUCUCCAUCAGAGAGCUGUGGACAACGCCUUGAAGAGUCCAAAUGGACACCUGGACUUGUUCCUCCGCUUCCUCCUGGGUCUUUCACUGGAGACCAAUCAGAGUGUCUUUCAAGAUCUGUUGACCCAGACAGGAUGUAGCUCACAGACGAAUAAGAAAACAAUCAAAUACAUCAAGAAGAAGCUGAGUGAGAGUCUGUCUGCAGAGAGAAGCAUCAAUCUGUUCCACUGUCUGAAUGAACUGAAUGAUGGUUCUCUGCUGGAGCAGAUCCAACAGUCCAUGAGAUCAGGAAGUCUCUCCACAGAUGAACUGUCUCCUUGCCAGUGGUCAGCUCUGGUCUUCAUCUUACUGUCAUCAGAAGAAGAUCUGAAGGAGUUUGACCUGAAGAAAUACUCUGCUUCAGAGGAGGCUCUUCUGAAGCUGCUGCCAGUGGUCAAAGCCUCCAACAAAGCUCUGUUGCGCGGCUGUUGUCUGUCAGAGAGAAGCUGUGGAGCUCUGUCCUCAGUUCUCAGCUCUCAGUCCUCCAGUCUGACACAUCUGGACCUGAGUAACAACGACCUGCAGGACUCAGGAGUGGAUCAUCUGUCUGUUCCAUUGAAGGAUCCACACUGCUCACUGAAGACUCUCAGGUUGAGCGGCUGUGGUCUGUCAGAGAGAAGCUGUGGAGCUCUGUCCUCAGUUCUCAGCUCUCAGUCCUCCAGUCUGACACAUCUGGACCUGAGUAACAACGACCUGCAGGAUUCAGGAGUGAAGCGUCUGUCUCUUGGACUGGAGAGUCCUCACUGUAAACUGGAAGCUCUCAGGUUGAGCUGCUGUGGUCUGUCAGAGAGAAGCUGUGGAGCUCUGUCCUCAGUUCUCAGCUCUCAGUCCUCCAGUCUGACACAUCUGGACCUGAGUAACAACGACCUGCAGGAUUCAGGAGUGAAGCGUCUGUCUCUUGGACUGGAGAGUCCUCACUGUAAACUGGAAGCUCUCAGUCUGUCAGGGUGUCUGGUCUCAGAGGAAGGCUGUGCUUCUCUGGUCUCAGCCGUGAGAUCCAAGUCCUCCCAUCUGAGAGAGCUGGACCUGAGCUACAACCAUCCAGGAGACUCAGGAGUGAAGGAGCUGUCAGCGGCAGUGGAGGAUCCACACUGCUCACUGGAGACUCUCAGGGUGGACCAUGGUGGACAGCAGAGGCUCAAACCUGGACUGAGGAAGUAUUUCUCUCAACUUCAGCUGGAUGAAAACUCCAUGAACACAUUCCUCAAACUGUCCAACAACAACAGGAAGGUGACACGUGUGGAGGAAAUGCAGCCAUAUCCUGAUCAUCCAGACAGAUUAGAUUACUGGCCUCAGCUGCUGUGUAGAAAUGAUCUGAGUGGUCGAUGUUACUGGGAGGUCGAGUGGAGCGGAACUGUUUUCAUAUCAGUGAGUUACAGAGGAAUCAAAAGGAAAGGACUAGGUGAGGAGUAUUUGUUUGGAGGGAAUCAUCAGUCCUGGAGUCUCAACUGCUAUCAUGACAGUUACUAUGUCAUUCACAAUCACAGAAAAACGUCCCUCUCCUCCUCCUCCUCCUCCUCCUCCUCCUCCUCCUCCUCUGGUAGAGUAGGAGUGUAUGUGGACUGUCCUGCUGGGUCUCUGUCCUUCUUCAGAGUCUCCUCUGACUCUCUUCUCCACCUCUACACCUUCAACACCACAUUCACUGAACCCCUGACUGCUGGAUUUACCCUCUGUUGGUAUGAAUCCUCAGUGAGUCUGUGUCUUCUGUAGGAAGGACGGUCUCUGCCCCUGACAGCUGGGAGGGGAAGGGCCUAUCACAAGGUGGGAUGGAGCUAUGAGAAGGUGGGAGGGGCCUCUCUGAAAGGUUUGAGGACUUUACCUCCACCAAAGAUCUGAUGUUACGUGCCGAGGGCACGAUCAGCUGUUGUCAGUUCCGGGUGAGGAGGUUGCAAAAAAGGAGGCAGUGGAGCUGAGAGGUGUGGUGCGCAAAAAGGUGGGGAGACUAGCAAAAAUUAACCAAAGAAACAAUGGGCAGAAAUUAAAAGCAGGCUGGCUCAGGACAUGCUGCUGCAGGAGAUCAGAGUCCACUGGUCCACUUGCCCACUGGCAGCAGCUCCAGCUUCUUAUGCUGUGGCUGAUAGGCUGAUUGGCUCCACCUGGCAUGGCUGAUUGGAACAAGGGAGGUGAGGUGCAAGGCAGGAGAGCACUCAGACACAAGACGGCCCCAGGGCCGUAACAUCUGAUUUCUUCUUUUUUCCAUCUGGUGUUUGUUCAACAAGUGACUAGAAGUUGCCAAUAGAGCAGAGUGUUUCUAUCAAUAAAAUAGUUUGGAUAUGAAUUAUUUUUUGUGCUACCUUAAAUUACAUUAUUAAGUGUUCCCCAAACCUUUUUAAUAUUGCUCUUAUUUUUAUUUAGUAAGUUGGUAUAAUAUAUAUAUAUAUAUUUUUACGAGUUCUUAAUAUAUCAGUCUAGUUUUUAUAUAUUUUGUAUCGGUGUUCGGAAUCUUCAGUUCUUAGUCUAAUGAAUUGUUUAUAAAAGUUUUUUUUUUUUCUUACAAGUGUUUCUUAAACCUUUGGUUAACCACGGACAUUUUACAGCUGUAUUAAUUCUACUAAACUGGUGGACUGGACAGUUUUAAUGAUAUGCUGAACUGAAAAUUUCCAAAAAAAAUAUCAAAAGCACCAUCCACAUAACAACGACUAUAAACAACAUUCCAAUCUUGCUCUAAAGGGUCAUUAUAAAGUAAAUUGAUCGACUCCUCAGUUCUUACUCAUUUAUAUCUAUAUUUUGAGGUGAUUUGUGAUUGUUAGCAUUGUCAUCAUACAGUAUGAAGACAGGUCAGUUCUAUCACAGAUCAACAGGCCGCUGACAUUUGUAGAUACCAUAUUAUUUGUGAAAAUAUUGUCAAUGAGGGUAGCACUGUGCAAUGUGAUUCUGCUAGGUUUUGUAAUGGCUGGAUAUAAACUCAUACUACAUCCUACUUAUAUACUCGUCAGUUG